UAGAGUUAGAAAUCACAUGUGAAGAGUGCAUGAUGUUGUUGUGGUUAAAGAUCAAUCCAUUGGUAAAAUAUUCUUUGUGCAUCACUGGCAAGGGUCCAUAUCAGAAUCCGUCCAUUUUCAACACUAAUUUCAACAUCCCAUUGGACUGAUUUUUGCAGUUGAAAUUACAUUCAACAUGACCAUUGCUCUUGGUCUAAGACGACGUCGUUGAGUUCGUGGGUAUCUUUCUUCUGCAAUUGAACUUCACACUGCGAACAAGAAGAAGAAAAUGUCAUCACUGUUUAUGAGAUUAACAAGGUUUCCUUCAAAACCCUUUUUUCCCUUUACUUUAAGGUUAUUCUCUCACUCUCACAAUGUUAAUGAUGCUAUUUACUCAUUCAAUCGAAUGCUACAAAUGCGUAAUACUCCUUCCAUUAUUGAAUUUACCAAGAUUUUAGGUUCUCUUGUUAAAACUAAGAACAAUUACUCAACUGUUAUUUCCCUUUCUCACCAAAUGGAAUUCCAUGGAAUUAGGUCUGACAUUUUCACUAUUACAAUUUUGAUCAAUUGUUACUGUCAUAUAGGUCAAAUGACUUAUGCAUUUUCUCUAUUGGGAAAGAUUCUUAAGAUGGGUUAUCAGCUGGAUGUAGUAACCGUGAAUACCCUUAUCAAUGGUCUUUGUCUUAAUAAUGAGAUUCAGAAAGCAUUGUACUUUCAUGAUGAUCUUAUCGCUAAGGGUUUUCAGCUCAACCAUGUUAGUUACGGGACAUUGAUCAAUGGCUUGUGUAAAAUGGGACAUACAACACCUGCCCUCCAACUGUUGAGACGGCUCGAAAAAGGAUCAGUCAAGCCUGAUUUGGUAAUUUACAGUACAAUCAUUGAUAGCAUGUGCAAAGAUAAGCUUGUAGAUGAUGCUUGUCAAUUAUUUUCUGAAAUGGUUAACAAGGGAAUUUUUUCAGACGUUGUCACUUAUAGUGCUCUAAUCUAUGGUUUUUGUAUUGUGAAUAAAUUAAAAGAAGCAAUUGUUUUGUUGAACGAAAUGGUAUCGAAAAACAUCAACCCAGAUGUUUAUACCUUUAAUAUAUUGAUCGAUGCGUUUUGUAAGGAGGGAAAGAUGAAAGAAGCUAAAAGUGUGUUAGCUAUGAUGAUGAAACAAGGCAUGAAACCUGAUGUAGUUACUUAUAGUACUUUAAUGGAUGGGUUCUGCCUUCGUAAUAAAGUGAAAAAGGCAAUACAUAUAUUCAACACUAUGAUCCAAAGGGGAAUGAUGCCCGAUGUUAAGAGCUACAAUAUUAUGAUCAAUGGGUUCUGUAAGAGUGAAAUGGUGGAUGAAGCCAUCAAACUCUUUAAAGAAAUGUAUUUAAAAAAUAUUAUUCCUAAUACAGUAACAUACAACACUCUUAUUGAUGGUUUGUGCAAAUCAGGGAGAAUUACAUAUGCUUGGGAGCUUGUAGAUGAGAUGUGUGACAGAGGUCAACAAGCCGAUGUAAUCACCUACAAUUCCUUCUUGCACACUUUGUGCAAAAAUCAUGAACUUGACGAGGCAAUUGCAUUAGUCAAGAAAAUUAAAGACCAAGGUAUCAUGCCAAAUUUGUACACGUACAGUACCCUAAUUGAUGGACUUUGCAAAGGUGGGAGGCUUAAUGAUGCACUAAAGGUUUUUAAUGAUCUUUUGGCUAAAGGAUACAAUCUAAAUGUCGUAAUGUACACAACUAUGAUUUGUGGACUUUGUAAUGAGGGCUUGUUUGAAGAAGCAUUUGUUUUGCUUUCAAAAAUGGAAGAUAAGGGCUGCUUUCCUAAUGCCUUCACUUUUGAAAUAAUGAUUCGUGCACUCUUCGAAAGCGGUGAGAAUGAUAAAGCAGAGAAACUUCUACGUGAAAUGAUUGCUAGAGGUCUACUAUAAGAGCAAAACUCGGUGUAGAAGCUUGGUUGAGGAUGGUGCUUUACUUCAUAUAUGGUUUUGGCUGCAAUAUACUUGCAAAUUAUGCAGUCGAAGAUGUGUUCAUUUUUUUGAAGUCUCUAAUAACAAGUCACAUCAUAGAGUGGAACAUAAACAUGAGCAUUUUUUCCCUGCUUCCACUAUUGUUAUCUAGGAAGCUACAAUCAUGGAAACUACAGCUCUAAGUUUUUGUUGGACUACUACUACUAUAUGUCCCAGUAAAUAUGAUUAUCUCGCAGUAUUGUCUAAUUUGUAAUUCUGGAAUUCCAACUUGAUAUGAUAUUAUAUGUAUUUUUACCUUUGUUCUGAAGGGUUCUGCUGCUAAUUGUGAACAAUGGACCUUGUAACAUUAUUUUUUUAAGCUUUUUGAUGAAAUGUAUAAUACUUUCUGGUGAGGUGCUGAAGAAGUUGGCUUUCAAAUGUCAAAAGAUGGAAUUUGAAUACUGCACUAAUUGGCUUAAUGAGCCGAAUAGACGAGUUUCAAUUAAUUAAUUUCAGGUGAAGUAACAGUUGAAUGUAUGUAACAUUGAGGUCUAUUUGACUAUAAUCAUAGACUUGGAUGCUUCUUUCUUA